AUGGGUUCCAGUACGAGAAAGAAGAAGGAAAAGGCCAAGGACUUUGCGAAACCAAAGUUCAAGGUUGGAAAGACAAAGGUCAAGCCCGCGAACUUCACAGACACCAGUUUCAAAGCAAAGUCCAUUGCUAUGGGCCAUCAGAAACUCUCGACUGAAGCCCCUGACAACGCAACCCAAUUCAAGCACAACCUCUCGUUGGCCUCCACGUCACGGGCGGAUAAGCAGCGCAAAGAGUCGUUGGCACAUCUGACGAGCCAAGUGUUAGCCGACAACAACCCCGUCGGAACUGCGACAGUGUUGAGCAAGCUCCUGCCCCUGGUCUCUGAUGCUUCAGGACCGGUACGUACUCAGCUGCUGAAGCUUUUUAAAGCACUACCCGACGCAGAAGUCAAGCAUCACGCCGAGAAGUGUAUCAUGUACAUCCGUGCCGGCAUGACCCACCUCUCCGCCGACAUUAGUAACGACUCCCUAUCCGUCCUCGAGUGGCUCCUAGAUGUCGCCGAAGACGAGACUGUCAGCUGCCCUGGCGGCUGGGUGAAGACGCUGAACAGCUUCUGUGCGCUGAUGGGCUGGACCGUCAAGACGAGCACCGGGUGGUCGACCGCGCCCAAGACGGGUCUGCGGACGAAAGACGCCCAGUCUCAUGCAAGGCAAAUAGCCGUUCUGGCCAGGUUCCUGCAGGCUGGACUCAAGCCCGAGGUCGCCGCGCCGAGUAAUCCUCAUGCUCACGCCGACAACAUGUAUCGCGUUCCUCGGACACCGAACCCAUUCGCGUACCUCAACCUUUUCGGAACCCGCCGAGACGAGGAAGCCGAGAUGUACAAUGACCGCGAGUCCCGCCAGCGUGUUUUCCACAGGCGGUUCAUGGACUCAUUCGCCCGCGGCGUCGAGCAGGCCAAGAAGGAGGGCGGUGCCAUCGGACGAUCGGCCGUUCAGAUGGAUCAGGCCCUGGUGGAGGGCAUGGGAGGAUAUGAGGCAACUUCUGCGGUCGAGCCCCAAGACCUUCUCGACCUGUGGUGA